CUUGUGACAAGCUUGUAAAGAACAAUCGAUAGGACAAAAUCGAUAUUAGGGCAGUAAAUCAGAAUAUUGUAAUAUUUGAACAGGACCUUGCAUUCUAAACAAGACCUGCACUUAAAUACUUUAAGGAAUUUAAUAAUCAUGCGACGGAUAUGUACAAAGGCAGAAUUUCAAAGGGAGCUGGAAUACGCUGGUGAUCGACUAGUCGCUGUUGAUUUCACCGCUGUUUGGUGUAAAAACAAUGAUAACGUGACUAGAAAAAUCAGUGACGCCAUGUUCCAACCAGAGUUCUCGGAGGUGGUUUUCCUUCAGGUUGACGUUGAUGAUAAUGAGGACACACCUGCUUUCUGCAAUGUCGAUUUUCUUCCAACUGUCCAGUUUUACAGAUUUGGACAAAAGGUUUCGGAAAUACAUGAAGAUACAUUAGACAACCUUACAUCAGUGUUGCGGUUACAUAGAUAAUUAUUAGUCUUAGAAAAGUCACCGGACAUAGUUAUUCACAUAAAGACUUAACAUUCUCAGUUAUAAUCAUAUCUUUAUAAUAUUUGCUGUGUUAACUCUUUGCUGAACACACCAGUGCUGUCUGGCUAGGCUUUAUAAUCUUGAUAUUGAGAUUCUUUAAAUUCCGGAAGUAAGCUGUUCCAGUCAAAGCAGCGUUAAAUUCGUUCCCUGUAUUAAAUAGGUAAAGGUUUAGAUGUGUUAUUUAUAUGGCCUUUCGAGCUGAGCAAAAUGAAUAGUACAUGAACGUGGAAAUAUAUAAAGAAUUAAAGCACUUAUAUGCAGUGCAUUUAAAAAUCAUACAAUGUAAUACGUUUUUAUACUUGUUAUCAGAUAUGUUAAACAUGUAGAUGUUUUCUAGGGUAUUAAUUUUGAUUAUGUAAUAUAACAUUUCUAGCUUUAUUUAAUACGACACAUGAAAGAAGAAUGAAUAUAUUUUUAGCUUAUGACGUUUACUCGUAUGCCACUUAUUUACCUUAAGUAAAUAAAAAAUUUGAAUUAGAAUGUAGACAACACAAAUUUUCAAUAUUUCUAAAGUGAAAUUAUUACCUAGCCAUUACGUGUAUUUAGUUUCGUAGAUUUUCGAGGAUCUUCCUGGUGUUUUGGAAACUCUUACACUUUCUCUAUGUAGUUUAUUUUUCACUAUUGUGUCUUAUUGUUAUUGUUAUGAAUUAUUGAAUGUGAAAGAAAUAAAAAGACAUA